AUGGCGCCCUCGAACCAGCUGGGGAAACGCGUCAAGCUGACGCAGAUCCGCCGGCCUUUCAUCGUCGGAACGACUGCCACGCCGUUCUCGGACGCGAACCCGAGGCCCCCCGGCACGCCAGACAACCACACGCACUCGUGGGAAGUCUUUGUCAAAGGCCUUGAGGAUAUCGACAUCACCUACUGGGUCCGUCGUGUGCAGUUCAAGCUGCACGAGUCCAUCCCCAACUACGUGCGCAUGGUCGAGGCCGUCCCCGGGAAACCCUUUGCCGUGACGGAGACGGGAUGGGGUGAGUUCGACAUCACCAUCAAGCUCUACUACGUCAACGAAUCGGGCGAGAAGCCUCAGACCCUCUACCACUACCUCCGCCUCCACCCCUACGGCCGCACCGAAGAGGAGAAGCAGGCAAUGGUGGCGGCCAAUGGCGAGAUCCGUGCCUGGAGCUACGAGGAGCAGCUUUUCAACGAACCCUAUGAGACCUUCUACCAGCUUCUCACCGCUGGCGCCGUCCCGCGCGGCUGGAAGCCUUCUGCCUCCUCCGCAAAAGGCAAGGGCAAGGGCAAGGCCCCCCCUCCCCUACCCGCUCCCGACAGUGGCGACGUCUGGGAGCGGACCGCCAUGAUCCCGCGUCACAGCCGCCCCGGUCUGCCCUUCAGCAUGGAGACCGAGGCGGCCGAGAUCAAGAAGCUCGAGGACGCGCAGAAGACGACCGAGGACCUCACCAAGAGGCUCCUCGCCGACAUGAAGACGAGGGAGGAGCUUCUCGCCACACUCAAGGCCGAGAACCAGGCCGCCGCCGCCGCCGCGAAACCUUCUUAG